ACUCGCCGCUGCUCUCGGCCAAAGUUGCAGAAGGAAAGCAGGCCAAACAGGCGAAUGAGGCGGACACCUUGAGCGAGGGUCCUUCCGCGGGGGCUGGCGCAUGCGCGUUGCGCGUUCCUUCGCCGGAGGCGGGGGACUCUGUCCCUGAGGCGAGAGCUGGGGCCGGCGAACAAAAUGGCAGCGGCGCCGCCUUCGCUGGCGGAGGAAGCAGCGUUGGGCCGCGCGCUCCCUCCUUCAGAAGCGAGGCCCGCGUCGGGGCCGGCCUUCUCCGCGUCGCGUCGGGAGCCGGCGGUGCGCCUGCAACACAACGUGAGCGGCGUGGAGCCCUUGGCCUGGUCGGAGGACCACCGCGUGUCGGUGAGCACGGCCCGCAGCGUCGCCGUCCUCGAGCAGCUCUGCGACGCCCGAGGGGCCGCCGACCUCGUCCUCCACCGCACCGCCGUCCCGGCCCCGGCCGAGGCCUGCCACCUCCGGGUCGGUUCCAAGAAAGAAGUUGCCGAAUGCAAGGAGAAGUUUGCAAGUUCCAAGGACCCGGCGGUGAGCCAGACGUUCAUGUUGGACCGAGUGUUCAACCCCGAAGGGAAAUCGUUGCCGUCCAUGCGAGGCUACAAAUACUCCAGCUGGUCUCCGCUGGGCUGCGAUGCGAACGGCCGGUGCCUCUUAGCAGCCUUGACCCUGGACAACAGGCUGACCAUCCAUGCUAACCUGAACCGGUUGCAGUGGGUGCAGCUGGUGGACUUGACUGAGCUCUAUGGAGAGAGGCUGUCGGAAAACGGCUACAUGCUUUCCAAAGGGGAGCUGCCUCCGGCAGAUCUGGGAAACCUCCCUGAAUUCCAGAGAAGGCACAGCAUGCAGACCCCCGUGCGCAUGGAGUGGUCUGGCAUCUGCACCACUCAGCAAGUAAAGCAUAACAACGAGUGCCGGGAUGUGGGCAGUGUGUUGCUGGCGGUGCUGUUUGAGAACGGGAACAUUGCCAUCUGGCAGUUCCAGUUGCCUUUUGCGGGCAAGGAGUCCAUCACGUCCUGCAACACCAUUGAGUCGGGGGUCGAUUCCCCCAGCGUUAUGUCCUGGUGGGAAUACGAACAUAGCAACCGCAAGAUGAGUGGCCUCAUUGUGGGGAGUACUUUUGGGCCAGUGAAAAUUCUCCCAGUCAACCUGAAGGCGGUCAAGGGCUACUUCACCCUGAGGCAGCCGGUCAUUUUGUGGCAGGAGAUGGACCAGUUGCCAGUACAUAGCAUCAAAAGCAUCCCGCUCUACCAUCCCUAUCAGAAGUGCAGCUGCAGCUUAGUGGUAGCUGCGAGGGGCUGCUACGUCUUCUGGUGCCUGCUCCUGAUCUCCAAGGCUGGCCUAAACGUUCACAACUCCCACGUGACGGGGCUUCACUCCCUGCCAAUCGUCUCCAUGACAGUGGACAGGCAAAAUGGCACCAUCUAUACAUGCUCCAUCGAUGGGAAGGUGAGGCAGUUGAUUCCUAUCUUCACAGACAUUGCUUUGAAAUUUGAGCACCAACUAAUCAAGCUGUCCGAGGUGUUUGGCUCUGUGAGGACUCAUGGGAUUGCCAUGAGCCCAUGUGGGGCCUACCUGGCACUCAUUACAACAGAAGGCAUGAUCAAUGGUCUUCACCCUAUUACCAAGAACUACCAGGUUCAGUUUCUUACCCUCAAAACAUUUGAGGAGGCAGCAGCUCAGCUGCUGGAGCCGUCUGUCCAAAACCUUUUCAAGCAGGUUGACCUGACAGAUCUUGUUCGUUGGAAAAUCUUGAAAGAUAAGCACAUUCCACAAUUCCUACAGGAAGCCUUGGAUAAAAAGAUUGAAAACUGUGGGUCCAAUUACUUUUGGCGCUUCAAACUGUUCCUCUUGAGAACUUUGUACCAGUCGUUGCAGAAGGUGCCUUCUGAAGCCUUGUGGAGGCCAACACACGAGGACACAAAGGUCUUACUAGCUCCGUCUCCUGAGCAUCAGCAAGAGCAAGGGACUUUGAAACAGGGCAGCAAGCAGCUUCUGAGUGAGGCAAGCAAAGAUGUGGAGAUGGACGAUGCAGCAGAGGAUUCUCUCACCCACUCAAGUGAGGAAGGAGGGCGAGAGCCUGUUGAGCAGAAGCUGCUUGAGAUCCAGGCCCAGAUUGAAACUGUGGAAAUGCAUUUGACACGGGAGCACAUGAAGCAGGUCUUGGGGGAAGUCUACCUGCACACCUGGAUAACGGAAAACACCAGCAUCCCCACCCGGGGCAUCUGUGACUUCUUAAUGGUUGAUAACAGUAAUGAGGACAGGACAGCUCGGGUGCUGAUUGGGCAUAUCUUAAAGAAAAUGAACAAACAGACUUUCCCGGAGCACUGCAGCUUGUGCAAAGAGAUCCUGCCAUUCACAGACCGCAAGCAGGCCAUUUGCUCCAAUGGACACAUUUGGCUCAGGUGCUUUCUCACCUACCAGGCCUGCCAGAGUUUGAUGUACAGAAGGUGCCUCCUUCGUGACAGCAUUGCCCGUCAUCCCACCCCAGAAGAUCCAGAAUGGAUCAAGAGGUUAUUGCAGGGGCCUUGUACAUUCUGCGACUCUCCUGUUUUCUAGAAAAUGAACUAUGGUGGAGAGGCUGAAGUCCUUUACUCUAACACCAAAGCACUGUCUAGCUGGGAAUGGCCCAAAGGCGCAGAGGAGUUACGAUGUGGAAAAGAAAAGUCAACAGAACCCUGUGAGCUGGAUCAGCUAAGUGGUUUCAGGGUCCCAUUUCAAGCCUAAGAGGCAGCCAGGCCCUUCUCUUAGGAAACUCCAGUACAGACACUUUUGAAUUUCGAGCAGCUGGCUUGCUUCUUUUUGGCACGUAAGGCUGGAAACUCUCUACAUGCUCCUUUUGUUGGGCAGGCAGAACUUUUCUUUGUGGUGAGGAUGGAAGCCUAGACAUCAGACCUCUGCUGCUAUUUGGUGGGUCAGAAGGAGCUCUGCUGCGGUUGGCACUUACUCUGCCAGAGACAAUUAAAUUAUUAGCAAGAAUGUCUGUGUUUCAGCAUCUUUUAAAAAAUACCUUUCAUGUCCAUUAUAGUCCAUGAAGAGAAAUGAUCCAUUUUGCUCCUGCACAAGUAAGCAGACAAGUCUUGGGCCUCAUAUUAAAAACCUUCAGGCAGUUGAAAUAGCUUUCUGAGGCAGAAGUGGGAUGUGAAGUUCUUAAAAGUAGAUUCGCAAAAUGUUAGGCACUUGAACAUCAGUCUUGGAAUCCAGCUGACCUGCUCCUGAAGCACAGGACCACCAAAGAACACCAGCACAGAAUCACCUCUGAAUUCAGCACGGCGCUUUUGUCGCCUCCCUCUGCUGGGCUGGACAGUAAGCACAUUCAAGAACUGAAUUUGGGCCCAACUCUGGCAGUCCUCCAUAGCCAAUGGGGAUAGCUCCUUCUGUUAGUCUAAGAAAUAACCUGGACAAAGCCUGUGUCAUCUUUCAGAACUGAUAUAAGUAAAUAACAGUAUUUCCACCCCAGCAUGGAUAAAUCCACAUGUUCAAUAGAAAGAGGUGAGUCAGGCUGUGGGACCUCUUCCUGUGACACCUUGGGAAAUCAUCAUCAUUAUCAUCAUAA